AUGAAGAAUGUCGUCCAAAAGUAUUCAAAUCCUAUUCAGAAUGAUUCAAUGGCAACUAGUCUUCUUCGGCUCUUCGGCUCAGACCUUGAGAAGACUCUUCUAAAGCAUAAGAUUUUGUGCAACCUCUAUACCCAAAUGACUCUCAGUUAUCGUAUGAGUCAAAAAACUGAGACGAUUAUUAAAAGAAUCGUUUCCGAUAAAAAAAUUCCCCCUGAGAUAAGGAAAUCCCCCUUAUCCAUUGUGUUUACCAGAAUUGCCCAAGAAAUGAUGUUCAAUGACUUAGAAGCUGUGGUGUGGUCUAUUUACCUCGAUAAGUUCGCUUGGACACAAGAUUUCGUCCCGUUGGAAAUUAUCCUUUAUAUCACAUCCUUGGCUGUCAAAGCAUACUUGAAUGAAUCAAUUUCUCCAUUUCAGGCUUUCCUUUCAAAGAAAUACCCUAGCCUGUCUAUGAUUUAUAACCGCUGAAUUGAGUGUAAUAGAAAAGCAAUGAUUAUUUUACCACAGGAGCUUAAUAAGAGAUUCAUGCUGCUAUACCGUCCAAAUAUCCAUGAGGAAGACGAAGCCAUGAUAAAUUAUAAUUAUUAUGUUGAUGAAGUACUUGAAGAUGCAAUUGAUAUGGAAAUUGACGAGAGAAAUUUCCAUCCAAUUGAGUUAGAUUUCCUAGAAACUUCGGACAGCCCAACUAAUUCAAUCAAAUCUGAAGAAGUCAGUGUUAAAGAAAACAGUUGUGAGAGUGCUUCUAAUAGAAAUUCUGGUAGCUUAAAUGCUGGCUGUCAUAAUGGAGCAGCUAAUAGCUGCCAGCACGAGGAACUAUUGGAUAUGCCAUGUCCUAUGCUAUGCAAAGCAGACUCAAUUUUUACAAUUCACGCGCAUCAAGAACAAAGCUCGUUAUUUAACUCAAGUAUCUCUAUUACAUUUGAGUCUAAUUUCUUCGAAAACUCACUCUCAAAUCCGUCAGAUUUCAGGCUUAUUGCAGAUCAUGAGAACGAAAUCGAAGAAAAAUUGCCAAGUCUUGUUCCUCAAGCUUCCUUAUUUUCUUCAAUAUGAAAUGGUCACGGUGUGAUCUGAACAACUUACUCCCCCCCCCCCCCUCCGUGAGCGAACAAAACCAUUAGAAAAAUCGCCAUUUUUUGACCAAAAACCCACCCUCCGUGAGUGAACAAAAAUUUUUUAAUAGAAAAAAUUUUAAUGGAAAAAAAUUUUGAUAUAUAAGUGAUAAUUAGUAUAAUGAAAUCUAGAGCUAAUUCUGUUUAAUUUUAAAACAAAUUGCGUUUUAAAACAUAAAUUUUGCAAAUUAAAUUAAUAUUUGCUUCCCAAUUUUUGCAAAUUAGGAUUUUUUUUAAUUUCGAAAAAAAUAUUUUUUAUAAAAUUUAUAUAUAAAUUGUUUUUAAAAAAAAAAAUUAACCCCCCUCCGUGAGCGAACAAAAUUUUUUUGUUCGCUCACGGAGGGGGGGGGGGGGUUAG